CUGAAAUGACAGGACAUGGGUAUUAAAAACGCUCUCUUCAUAAUAUCUUGUCAAAAUGCCUCGUCGCAACCAUGUCAUGCUGGAGCUUCCUCUUGACCGACAGACUCCGUCAGCGCAGCGAUAUCGACGGUCUCUUUAUUAUGCCGCUCAAGCAGCGGUUUGGAUGUCGUGUUUUUAUUUCAGUGCUCGAUUCCUGUUGAUACUGUCUGCUCCUAGAGAAGCAUGGCACGUCUGGAUGAUGUUCCUCGUCGAAGCCAUCUUCGCUUUCAUGUCUCUUAAAAACCAACUCCUCACUGUGAAAGCAUACAAAGCGCCAAAUCACCCCCCAAAAAGACUGCGAUUGCAAGGUAGCGACAACCUUCCCCGCGUGGACGUCCUUAUAACAUGCUGUGGUGAACCUCUGGAUAUAAUCCUCGACACUGUCCGAGCUGCCUGCGUACUCGACUAUCCCCACUCCUCAUACAGAGUCCUUGUCCUGGAUGACGGCGCAUCAGUAGCACUCCACGAUGCCAUCUGCUCGUUGCACACCCAAUGGAGCCAUCUGUCAUACCAUACACGCGGAAAGCAAUCAGGCCAGACAUUCGCCAAGUCAGGUAAUCUCAACAACGCUUUGUUCACUCUGCAAAAUGAAUUUCAACCAGAAUUCUGUGUCGUCGUCGAUGCAGACUCAAUCCUCAUGCCUGACUUUCUCAGAGCGACUUUGCCUCAUUUAUUGCAGGAUCCUCGGGUUGUGCUGAUCUCUACACGGCAGUACUUUUACAAUCUCCCUCAUAAAGACCCUCUCGCCCAAUCCCGCGCUCACUUUUACACACGCCGCAACGCCGAACUUGACCUUCUGGGCCGUGCAAUCGACGCAGGAUCAGGCGCAGUAUUCCGCCGCAAAGCCAUCGUGAAUGCAGGGGGAUAUCCGACCUUUUCCUUCUCUGAGGAUUGGCAGCUAUCCCUUAUCCUACACGGGCUGGGUCACCGGAUUAGACAGAUACAAGAGGUUCUCCAAUUCGGGCUCGUUCCCACCACUCUCAGGGGUCAUAUCAAACAGCAGAACCGGUGGCAUAUUGGUCACUCGCAGCAGAUUCUGGCCAUGCGACCGCCAGCGAAUAGAUCUAUUCCACGACAUCUUCAGUGGAAGAUUGCAUGUGGGGGUCUGUCUAUUCUGCUUGGACUGGUUAGUUGCGUUCUUGGCUUUACCGCUGUUCCACUUCUUCUGGUGUCUGGGACUCUCAUUCCGGCUUCAUCGCCGGUGCUGGUUUACGUGCAGCUGGUUCUGGGUGUGUUCUAUAUUGCCUUGAUGUGGGUGUAUGAAUGGCUACAAGCUGCGCAUGCGGGUGUUUCAUUCACACCGUUUUCGCAUUUGGAGAAUAGCUGGUUAGCGAGUAGCCAUUUAUACGCGACCAUCCAGUUCCACUUCUUCUCCAGCAAGCCAAAAGGAUCAUUUGUUACAGGAAGCACCGAUAAUUCAAAGAAUAUCUCAAAGUCAGCGUCCUCUGACUCCUGGCAUAAUGUUAUGUUGUUCAAUAUUUGCAUUUUUAUCGCGACAAUUGUGUCGAUGGUUUCUGUCAUAUGGUCAGCUACAGCUACAGCAAUGCCUUUUAUCAAAAUCGCCACUACAAUAGCAUGGCCGCCAAUGCUGCAUCUUUGCUAUCUCACUAUCACCAAUACCUGGGUACCGAUUGCAUAUUUGUUGAACCGUCCAUCCUAUCCUGAUCGAAAUGUCCUAUUGGGCCGGGACCAAAGUGGUAUAUUCUACCCUACAGUUGUAUAGAUACUGAGCAGAACUUCCAAGUUCCAACAUAUAAUCCAUUCAAUUUUUUUCAUUUAUAUGCAUCGCUUUAUAAGCCACUUUUCAUCAUUUCCCAUUAUAAUCACGACUAAACCUCAAUCAAACACCUACUUCCCUUUAGCGACAGAAGAAAGAACACUUCGGCCUCCAUAUCCUCAUCCCUCAUAUCUUCUUUACACGAUACCCUUGAAUCGGGAAAGGCCAGGAAGAAUCGCGCUGCUGCUAGGCAGAUUUCCAUUCGUGCUAGGUUAAGACCCACGCAG